AUGGCUGAAGACAUCACCAAUUUGUGGCGCUCUUUUAGUCUCACGAAUACUGAACAAGAUGGUGUUGUUGUCACUAAUGAGGAACUUCAUCCUACUCUGUCUAAAGGCCAGUUCGGUCUGAUAGGAAAAGUGGUUGCUGAACAAAGGAUUAAUCGAGAGGGCUUUAAAAGUACCAUGGAAAAAGUUUGGAAAUUUGUUCAGGAUCUCACAAUUACAGAAGCGGGGGACAACUUAUUUAUAUUUGAAUUUGGUUCCCAUGGUGAUCUCUACCCAGUCAAAUGGGUUGUUAGAGUUAAGGUCCACGUUGUGAGUUGGGCAGUUAUCUGUAACGCACCAAUCCGUGCAAAUAGGAAAAAUCAUAACAAGUUGGUAUCAGAGCCGCGUUCUUGCAACAUGGCUGAGGGAACACGUUUGUCACAGCUUGUUGAAGCAGUUACGACUAUACAUGGAGAAACUGCUUCUUUGAAAGAAGCACAGAAACGACAGGAGGCACUUAUAGAGGGAGUUUUACAACAGCUUAAUAAUCUGGCAUCAAGCUAUGAUAGCUUGGCACAACAGUUCUUCACAUACUGUCAAACGUCGGAGGAUCACAAGCUGCAGAUUGCUUCUUUCCACAUAGAGGGGAAGGCGCUGACAUGGUAUUACUGGUUAAUGGAGUCUAGUCCAGCAGCAAAUUGGGACGACUUUUUGGUAGCUCUCCGCAUCAAGUUUGGACCUUCGGCAUAUGAAGAUCUAGUUGGUGCAUUCACUAAAUUAAGACAAACAGGGACUGUAGAAGAGUACCAAACAGCAUUUGAGAUCCUGUCAAACAAAAUCACAGGGGUAAGUGAAGAAUUUCGUAUAAGUACUUUUCUAAGUGGAUUAAGGGAUGAACUAAGGAUUAUUGUUACCAUGUUUAAACCAAAUACCCUCUCUGCUGCCUUUGGGUUGGCUCGGUUGCAAGAAGAAGAGGUGGGUAGGAAACAAUACCCUUACCGUAACCCACAUAGCCAAAACAGUCCACAUCCAAACACCCACAAACCAGCUCCACUCAGAUUACUAGGUCCAAAUCCAAUACCAAGACUACCAGCACCUCCACCACCAGACUCACAACCAAAUCCAAAUGUUCCUAAGAGAUACCAUUUUCCCAUAAAAAGACUUAAUCCUAGCCAAAUGCAAGAAAGGAGAGACAAGGGGUUAUGUUAUAAUUGUGAUCAAAAAUACCAAAUAGGACAUAGGUGUAAUUGGCCUAAAUUAUACCUGUUAGAAGUGCUGGAGUUGGGAGGGGGAGAUUAUGAGGAAGAGGAAGGGGAGGAGACCUAUGCCCAGGGUGAUAUGGGAGUUGACCCGACAACACAGCAAGCUGAAUUGCUGGUCAUUUCCCUACAUGCCAUAGCAGGAGCUCCCUCACCAAAGACUAUGAGGUUAGUGGGGAAAAUUGGGAAAAAUCCAGUUACAGUUCUUAUCGAUACUGGCAGCACACAUAGCUUUAUAGAUAUGAAUGUAGCAAGAAAAAUAAGGCUACCAGUGGAAGAAAGCCACUUGGCAGUCCAAGUUGCUAAUGGAGCAACUUUUCCUUGCCAUAGUUGCUGUAAGGCAGUGUUACUUAGGCUGCAAAGUUGUGAUAUUUUGGCUAAUCUUUAUUUGUUGACAUUGGGAGGGUGUGAUGUUGUAUUGGGAGUAGAUUGGUUGAGGAGUUUGGGAACAAUCCAGUGGAAUUUUACAAAUUUGAGCAUGAGGUUUCACGUUGAAGGGCAACAACUGUUGUUUCAAGGCUUAAAGCCACCUGAAAACUCUCUGGAGGAGGAACUAAAACUGAACAAAAAUACUCUGGCCGAAGGAAGAGGCAUUUGGCUGCAACUAAUGGAGGCAGGCAACUCUAAGGGGAAGGCACCUGUAGAUCCUGCCCUACAAGUUGUUUUAGACAAUUUCCAAAUAGUGUUUGCUGAACCAAGUGGACUCCCUCCCCCCAGGAGUCAUGAUCACCAAAUCCAGCUCCAAGAGGCAGCCAAACCCACUUGUGUUAGGCCUUAUCGUUACCCCUACUAUCAGAAGGAAGAGAUUGAGAAGCUGGUCAGGGAGAUGCUAAAGGCUAGAAUUAUUCAACCUAGCCAAAGUCCUUAUUCUUCACCCGUUCUCUUGGUGAGGAAGGCAGAUGGAAGCUGGCGAAUGUGCAUUGACUAUCGGGCUCUAAACAAAGACACUAUCAAAGAUAAGUUUCCCAUCCCAAAUAUAGAUGAAUUGUUAGAUGAAUUACAUGGUGCUGAACUGUUUUCCAAGCUGGAUUUAAGAUCAGGCUACCAUCAAAUCAGGAUGAGUCCUGAAGAUGUGCCUAAAACUGCCUUUCGAUUGACUGGUUAUUAUAGAAAGUUUGUGAAAGGUUAUGGGAGCAUUGCAGCCCCCUUAACUGCAUUAUUGAAGAACAAUUCUUUUAGUUGGAAUGAAGAGGCCACUCAAGCUUUUACAGCUCUUAAAGUAGCUAUGGUAAGGAUAGACCAACAGGCACUAAAACAUCUGCUGGAGCAAAAAGUUGGAACUCCAUUCCAGCAAAAGUGGGUGGCCAAGCUGUUAGGCUUUGAUUUUAGUGUGGAAUACCGAAGUGGGAAGGAAAACAGAGCAGCAGACGCAUUAUCGAGGCUGCCCACUGAAAAUGAUGGCUUUGACCCACAGGAGAGUUUAGCCAUCUGUGGGGAAGCCAAAGCAAUCAGUGUGAUCAAGGCAACUUGGUGGGAAGGGCUCCAACAAGCAUACAACCAGGACCCUCAGUUGCAACAGCUCAUUAGCCGUUGCCAUUAG